AUGGAAACGCAAACGAGAGCACGGUCGUACUCCUCGUCGUCGGUGACAGCGUACGCAGCGGCAACACCCACGUCCAACCGAGAAUCUUUCAAGGCGCUUGCCGCGAGCCUUGGCAUGCGACGAGUCAAGUAUGGCGAAACGCACCCAAAAGUCGGGUCGGCAUGGAAUCGGAUUGGCAACUACUUGUUCCGUUCGUGUCAGUACUCAAAUGCCCUGGAAGCCUACAAGCGUGCGGUCGCUUGCUACAAGGGAGGAGAACCAGAACUGGGAUGCGCCUACUCCAACAUGGGAACAGCACUCUGGGCCAGUGGAAGACCCGACAAGGCAAUCAGCUUUCUCGAGAAGGCGUUGGAAGCCUACGAACUGUUUGAAAUCACCGAAGGGGGCAAUCCGGAUGAGAGUUUGGCUGUGGCUUCCACGUUGUAUCAGAUGGGCUUGUGCAACACUCUCCGAAAACAGUACGGCGAGGCACUGUCAUGUCUCAAGAAGUGUCAAAAGAUUCAAGCAAGUCUUCUGCCUGCAAUGGACAUUCAAGUGGGUCGUACGCUGGACGCCAUUGGCAAGGUCCAUUACUUCAAAGAGGAGUACUCAACGGCCUUGCAAUGCCACGAGGAAGCCCGCCGCAUCAAGUCUGCCGCCGGGGACAACGAAAGUGCUGUUGUGACCUCUCUGCUGAACAUUGCAGCCGUCCAUCACGCCACGAAAAACUGGAACGUUGCGUUGAGCAAGUAUGCCAAGGUGAUGCACUUGCAGCAGUCAGAGCUCAUUCGGUGUCGGAACCAAAAAGGCCAGUCCCUGCUAACCCGAGCUGCUCAGGAUGUGGGGGAGACGCUGCAGCUCAUGGGUGACAUGCAUCGGCAAAUGGAACAAGAGGGCCAAGCCUUGCGGUUCUACAAAGAAGCAUUGAUGGUCUACCAAGAAGCCGGUUUGUCGCAAGAUGAUCCGAGAAUGCUGGCACUGAAGUGA